AUUUCAGUUACUCCUACCUGAGCCGACAGGUAAAAGUGCGCACUGACGGGGUUUUGCGACAUUUACUCGAGGAGAAUUUAAGUUUCUGGUAGGGAAUUUCACUUUUAUAUGGAUGGAAGUUGAAGAAGAGACAGCUAUUUGUGAGUAUUGCGAUAAAUCUGGCAUCCGAGAGGAUUUCUAUUCAAAUAGCAAGCGUUUCUGUAGUGCUGCUUGCUCUCACAGUUUUUCUGCUCAACAUCGUUUUAACAAGCACCAAACUGCGCCUAAACUUAAUCCCAAAAAGACACGGAAUUUGCAACUUCCCUCCGAAUCAGAAAGACAACAGUGCAUCAGCAUGGGGUUCGAUUGGGGGGCAUAUUUGGUGAAUAAAAAAUCCUCUGCUGCCACGGUGGAACUUUUUCAACAUUCUCCUAUGUCAGCACACUGGGGCGAAAUCGGCUCUGGAAUGAAAGUUGAGGUUCUAAAUCUAGAUUGUAAUUUGAAUACUAAAGUAUUUUGGAUUGCGUCUGUCGUCCAAGUAGCCGGUUACAAAGCUAAAUUACGGUAUGAAGGCUUUGGUGAAGAUGCUUGCUGCGAUUUUUGGUGCAAUUUAUGCACUUUAGAUGUUCAUGCUGUUGGUUGGUGUGCUACAAUAGGAAAACCUCUUGUUCCUCCCCAAACAAUUCAACAUAAAUACACAAAUUGGAAAACGUUUUUGGUUCGGAGAUUAACAGGCGCUAAAACGUUGCCAAAUGAUUUUCAGCGUCGUGUUAUUGAAAGUGUGAAGUCUCAGUUUCUUACAAAUAUGAGGUUAGAGGUCGUGGACAAAACUAAAAUUUCACGAAUGCGAAUUGGAAUCAUAGAAGAAAUAGUUGGUGGGCGCUUGCGACUACGUUACGAGGACUCAGACUAUGUAAAUGAUGAUUUUUGGUGUCAUUCGCAAUCCGCGUUGAUUCACCCCAUCGGGUGGUGUGAGAGAGUCGGCCAUAAGAUUCUUGUCGCUAGCAAAGACUACAAAAACAAAAAGGGAUUUAAAAAUGCAAAACAAGAGCUUUUUCCUGCAGUAAAACAAGUUAAAAGUUGCGGUUUCAAACCGGGAAUGAAAAUAGAAGCAAUCGACCCAUUAAAUUUAAGUGCGAUUUGUGCUGCAACUGUCAAAAAAGUUCUCAAAAACGGGUAUUUAAUGAUCGGAAUAGAUGGCUCGGAAGCAGCUGAUGGCUCUGACUGGUUUUGUUAUCAUUGUACGGCCCCCUCUAUAUUCCCAGUCGGAUUUUGCAUUGAGAAUGGAAUUUCAUUAAGCGUACCGAACGCUUAUAAAGAUUCCUUCACUUGGGAGACUUAUUUGAAUGAAACGUCGAGCUCGGCGGCGCCGGUUGAAUUAUUCGACAGAGAUUUACCAGAUCACGGGUUCAAACGAGGAAUGAAAUUAGAAGCUGUUGAUUUAAUGGAGCCGAGGUUAAUAUGCGUUGCCACGGUAACACGAAUCGUUGGACGUCUUUUACACGUACAUUUUGACGGCUGGGAAAAUCAAUAUGACCAGUGGGUCGAUUGUAACUCACCUGAUAUUUACCCUGUGGGGUGGUGUGAGUUGGUGGGUUGUGAACUCCAAGCACCCCCUAAUAUGCUCGUUCCCGAAGCGGGGGCGGCUAAAAAGAAGAAAAAGCUUACCGGACAAACAUUUGGAAUUAAAAAGAAACGUAAAAAGUCCGCGGCAGCACAAAAAAAGCCUAUUGUCACUGAAGCAGAACAAAAAUCUGAACAAAUCAUAGAAGAGGCCAAAACGGAAAAAAUGGAAACUGAACCAACGGAGGGAAUCACGACACCAGCAGAUAGUGAAAAAGAUGUCAAAGAUGAUGAGAAAACAUCGGGAGAAUCAGAAAAUAUUCCUGAAGAGGCUGAAAUUAUCCUGGAAACACAAGAAUCGCCGCAAAGGGAAGUAAUGGAAUCAGUUCAUGUAAAUAAUGAAUCGAAAGCGGAAAACAGAGAAAAAGAGGAACAAUCAUCUUCUAAUGUGGAGGAAAAAGAAUCCAAUGAAACACCAAAGGAUGAAAAUAUGACAGAAAAUGAUGAAAAUUUAAAAGAAAUAAAUGCAAAUGCCAAGGAAGGUGAUGAAAGUUCUGAAGAAAAUCAUGAAAACCAUAAAAAAUUGGAGGAAACUGAGACCAAAGCGAUUGAAAUUGAACAGCAAGAUGGGAAGACUGAAGAAGAUGACACAGAAAAUAAAGAAAUAAUGGAAGAAGUGCCUGAAACACAAGAGGAAAAGGCUGAGAUUGAUUCCAAAAAGCAGGAAAAUACUGAAAAAGAGGAAACCAUGGAAAUUUCAAAUUCAGAGGAAAAAACUGAAAUUACUGAUAUUAAAAUUAAAAAUAUAACAGAUGAACAAAUUAACACAGAACCAAAUGAAAAGCCGCAGAAUAGUGAAGAAACUGGGAAUGUGGAUAAUAUAAUGGACGAAAAAGCGAAUGAAAAUUCAGCGGAAGAAACACAGAAAGAAGAGGAAAAGCAAUGAAAUGUAAGGAAUACUUGAAUGAACUUGCAAUUGAGUCACGGUUGAACGAUAACAACCAAUGGGUGAUGACAUAGCUGCUUCGUACAUUACGAACAUUAAAAACGAUGUAUAGUCUGCAUUUGUUUGAUUUAAGAGUCUGGUCUAAGUUGUUACUAUUCCAACUAUCCUGUCGGUAUUAUCACUGAAUAAUCUCAUUCAAAAAUAUAGGGGAUUCUGACACUAUUUCCAUAAUCUGAGAUUCGAUGAUGCGUGACUUGGCAGCAUCAAGAAUAUCUUUUGAAAGUUAGAUUAUUCUGGCCAGUUAUGCAUCACUGAUUUUUCAUUAUAAAGGUAAUUCAAUGUAGCGUGACUUGGCAGCAUCAAGAAUAUCUUUUGAAAGUUAGAUUAUUCUGACCAGUCAUGCAUCAUUGAUUUUGUUUUGAGUGAAAUCCAAAUCAAAGUACAAUCUCAGUUUAGAUCCAUGGACUGCAUUUCAGUAACAAUUUUGCAAAGGUGUUUUUUCAUUUUAAAUUGUAACUACACACUUUUUUCAAUUUAAAUUUCAGCUCGUUUAAUUCCUCAAAGUCCAAUGAUUCAGUUUUAAUUGAAACUGACAAUUUCUUUCGAAAUUGGGACUUUUUCCCACAUAUAAGACCUACACACAGCCCGGAAAAAAAAUAUUCAACUAUGACCUUAAAUUGAGGAAAAUUUUGCGGAUCGUCAAAAAUUUGAAUUCUGACAAAAACUUUAUAUAGUGUCCAUGAAGUCUUAAAAUUGCAAAGAGAAUUCAUUGAUACCAUAUAUUGUUUUGGUCCUCA